GCCCGGCGGAUAUCGGCCAUGACCGCCAUGGAGCUCUUUUCCGAGAAGCAGCUCUCCGAGCCCCCAUUUAACCAGGCUCACAUGUUCGAGGGCCUUUCGGACGAGCAGAAGCAGGGCAUCAUCCGGGACCUCGACGAGUUGGACGGAAAGCUGCCCGGAGGAGGUCUCAAGGGCUACUUGGAGCGGGCACGGACACUCCUAGCAGACUCCAAGUCUGGAAAGAACCCUUUUGAGGGCCUGACGCCCGAAGUUCCGGGCGGCGAGCGGCUCACAGGUGAGACAGGGCCGGGAUCUGCGAGCUACGCGGAGUUCGAGCGGAAGGGCAUGGAGCAGCUCAGCAAGACCUGCUUCUGCCUGGUGGCCGGCGGUCUUGGAGAGCGAUUAGGUUACCCUGGGAUCAAGAUCGGCAUCACAGCAGAGCUCACGACUGGCUUGACCUUUAUGGAGCUCUACGCCAAAUACAUCCUAGCAUUCCAGGCGUAUGCGCGGAAAGCCACUGGCGACAACACUUUGGAGCUCCCGCUGGCAAUCAUGACCUCAGGCGACACCAACGCAAAGACCUUGGAACUCCUCGAGGCCAACGCCUACUUCGGCCUCAGCACCAGCCAGGUUUCCAUCAUGAAGCAGGAGCUGGUACCUGCUCUGAUGGACAUUGAUGCGCGGAUCGCCGUCAAGGACGGUCACGUGGAGAAGAAGCCGCAUGGCCAUGGCGAUGUGCACGCGCUGCUUCACCAGCACGGCUUGCCCGACAAGUGGGCCAAAGAAGGCAGAGAGUGGCUUUUGCUGUUCCAAGACACGAACCCGCUGCCCUUCCGCAGCCUCUGCGCGAUCUUGGGCGUGUCCGCCAGCCGCGGCUUCGCGAUGAACUCCGUCGCCGUGCCGCGCCUGCCUGCCGAAGCGGUGGGCGGGAUCUGCCAGCUGAAGGGCCCAUCUGGCGAGGGCUUGACCAUCAACGUCGAGUACAACCAGCUGGAUCCACUUUUGAAGGACACACCAGCCGGCGGUGACGUAGCAGAUGCCAGCGGCUUCUCGCCCUACCCCGGCAACAUCAACGUCCUGGUCUUUCACGUGGGUACCAUGGCCCAGCGGCUCGCCACGACUGGCGGCAUCGUGCCCGAGUUCGUGAACCCCAAGUGGGCGGACGCAGAGAAGAGCAAGUUCAAGUCGCCCACGCGGCUCGAGUGCAUGAUGCAGGACUUCCCCCGUCUCUGCACGAAAGAUGACAAGGUUGGCUUCACCCAGCUGGAGAGGCUGAUGAGCUUCACCUGCGUCAAGAACAACUUGGCAGACGCCAUGAAGAAGAACCCUCCCGACUGCGCUCUGUCGGCCGAGGCAGACAUUUACGCCUGCAACGCCCGACUGCUAGAGCUGGCGGGCCAGGGCAAGGUGCAGAUAGAAGCUCCGCCAGACGUCAACUUCUUGGGCAUCACGGCCCAGGUGGGGGCCCGCAUUGUGCUGCUGCCAAACUUUGCGAUCUCUCUGGAGCAGAUGAAGGAGAAGAUCAAGGGCAAGAUCACCAUCUCCAACAAGUCUGAGCUCGUGGUGGAGAGCGAUGUGGCUCUGAACGACUUGGAGCUGGAUGGCGCACUGACGGUUCGCUCCACCGGAGAGCUUGCCAGCAAGGUUGUGAAGAAUGCCGGCACGUCGCUUGUCGCCAUCCCAGAGGCGGAGCUCAAGUCUCAGGAGCCAUCGCUCCAGAUCCGCGGCUAUCGACGAGCCGUGGGAGAGGUGCAAGAAGCCUAG